CCCCCCCCCCUCCAUCCCCCGUCCCCUCUUUUGGUCGCUACAUCAUGUCUGUUGGAAACAAGCCCGAGCUCCGUCGCUUCAUGGACAAGCGUGUCAUCCUCAAGAUGAACGCCGGCCGCAGCAUCCGUGGUGUUGUUCGCGGCUAUGACGAGUUCAUGAACAUCGUCCUGGACGGUGCGGUCGAUGACUCGCCGGUCAAUGUGUCUGGAGGUCGCGCUGGCGAGUUCCUCGGACAAGUGGUCAUCCGCGGCAACUCCAUCAUCGCCAUCGAGGCCCUGGACUUCAUUCCGGUCACCGAGUAAAAGUGCCUAAGAGACCUUCCCUCAAAGCGCCCACCACCGCCAUCGGGCGCCCUCGGCACCCUCUCCUUUUGUCCUUUCCCUGCUCCCCGUUGUACCAAUAUUACCCAUCAAAUGUCUGCA